AUGGCACUAGCUCCAGCCCUCGAGAUCUACAUCAGUAAACCGAGCCAUGGAAUAAAGGAGGCAGUGGUGUGUAAUCUAUUACGAAUGGCCGAAAAGUGGCCUGAUGAACUCGGCGAAGAGAUUGCCGAAAUUCUCGCCGCUGGGCUCAAUGUCGAGCUACCUGACACGCCCAAUGUACUACUAGAAGUCCUGCCCAAAGUGUAUGAUGUGCUCCCCAGGGCUAUAGAAACCAAUCUCUCGGGCCUGGUGGCACCUUAUAAGCUGUUGGGAACACCUCGGCACUUGGACCAUACUAUCUUGAAUAUACUCGUGACCGUGGCUACGAACAAAGCUUGCCUUGUGCUGCCGUAUAUAGGGGUCGUUCUCGACUCGAUAGUAAUUGCACAGAAGGGACCGAAGAACAAGGAUUUAAUUUUUGCACUCUUCAGGAAAAUCUUGUUCGACGAUCCGAUUUUUGUGAUGCAGAGCAUGCCGGAUCUGAACAUUCUAGCAGGCAAUGAUGAGAAAUACUUGGCUGCUGUUCAGGGUUUAAGGAAUUAUCUAGGCUUAAACGAUCACGAUGGAAGUACGACAAGUCUCGACGAACCUUAAUAAACGCCGA